UCUCGGCGGGAUAAGGAAGUGAUAUUGGAAUUUAUGAAAACCAUUUAUCACAUACACAACCAGUGCGGUAACUACCGUCUACGUGGUUGGAAAGGGACACGAAACCGCUUACGACAAGAAAUAAGGUACUCUAGGUGAUCACUGACAGAAAGCAGCCAUGUCGUCAACAUCCCAGAAACACAAAGAGUUUGUGGCAGAACCCAUGGGGGAGAAGCCAGUCAAUGCACUUGCUGGCAUUGGAGAGGUGCUUGGCAAGAGACUGGAGGAGAAGGGCUUCGACAAGGCUUACGUGGUCCUGGGUCAGUUCCUAGUGCUGAAGAAGGAUGAGGAGCUAUUCCGGGACUGGCUGAAAGAUACAUGUGGGGCCAAUGUCAAACAGCAGGGCGAUUGCUACGGCUGCCUGCGUGAGUGGUGCGAUUCUUUCCUGUAGAGAAGCUAUUUUCUCCUGUUUCAGUUUUUCUUUUUUCUAAAUCCCAAACAUCUAUUUACCUCUACUGUGGUCUCACAUCAACUUACACCUCAUAUGGACUCACACUGCACAUGAGGAAGUUAAGCAAAGUCGGACGUCGUAACACCCAGUUAUUUUGAACUAUAGUCUUAUAGACCUAAGAAUGCUUUUAAAUCAGUAAGACAUAAUUUGCUGCAGUCAUCAAUGGGGUUGUUACACCCAACUGUGUAACUCUAAUGCUGACCUUUUCUAUGAUUAAAAUCUUUGGCUGCACAGAAACGUUGGGAAUGAGCUCAUUUUGGUUUUCCUGCAUUGUUAUUUCAAUUGGGUCUCUCUAUCAAAGAAAACAACUGUUAUCAACACGGUCCCUUCACAUGAAAGGUAGAACUCAUGUAUGUACUCAUCUCCAACUGACUGUUUGCCCUUGCAUUUAUUAAAAUGAACUUAUAAUAGAAUUUUAAACCAUUUUAGAUACCACAUAGCUUUAACGUCUGUAGUUAAAAUGUCAAGAUGUUACUGUUCAUUUUUACAACACAGAGUUCACAGGAAACACUAAGGUGUAAUUGCCCCAUGUUAUCUUGUUUUGUUUUUGUCAAAGUUGAAGAGAUUCUUCAAUGUUGUAAUAUUUUAAAGUAAUAUCUGUGAUCUACUUAAGACGUUAGCUACAAAUCACCUCAUUUUCAAUCUUCACACAAAAAAUGAAAGCUUAAAGUAAACCCACGAAAAGGAGCACUGUUGUUCCCAGAAGUAAUUUCUAAGCAUACUUGUGUUGCUCGCUAAUGUUUAAUUGCUAAAUGAUGGUUUUUCUGAAACACUGGUUCAUGUUUUUGACUGUGAAAGCAUAUUAGUUUUUAUAUUUUUCUUUUUACAUGAACAAAAGCAACGGCAAGAUCUGGACAAUUCUGGGUUUGUUUUUGCCAUUUUUUGUGGGGGGAAAUAAAAUCACAAAUUAAAUGCAAA